UCCCCUCACUUCUUCUCCCUACUCGCCGCGUCGCCCAAACAAAGCCUGUGAGCUGGCUGUUGUGUUUACCUAAGUUUGUUGUAUUUAAAAUUUUAUAUUUGUGUUCAUGUGUUUUACUUUGGAUACUUUUAACAAUGAUUUAGUUAUUUGUGUUCUAUUUUAUUCAAUGAAUUAUGUUUUUAAUCGCCGCAUUCCUUAAGAAGUGACUUCAUAACUUCUGGAAAUGAACAACAGGUGAGAAAGGAACAUUGCCGUGCACUCCCUGUCCCUGGAGGAAAGUUGAACGGAACAGUUUUGAAAAUUCCAACAUAAAAAGAAGAUGAAGGAAUCAUUCUUGCAAAGUUCUCUUCUAUCCAUUUAAGUUAUUCAAAAAUUGGAAUUAACCAACUGCACAAACAUGUCCAAAAAUUGCAACGAUAGAUGGUUGCAAAUUUCUUCGCCACCCUUGUGCAUUAUUAGAAACUUUUAUAAACAAGUUUCGUUUAAAAUGACUUUGUUAAAAGUUCCUUUCCAACCAUGUGAUAAACAAGAGUUAUGUUUCCUGAACUCUAAUUCAAAGUGUCUUAAAUCUCCGUCCAUAUCAUCAUCAUUGUAUCACAGUGUGCUGUUUCAUAUACUGUUGUGUGUUCUGCUGUUAUUAGUGUUUCCUCAUUAUGCUUUGGCAAACCAACCCUCUGCCCCUCAGUUUAUUGUUCAACCAUCAUUUGCUGGCAGUAUAGUAACUGAAAAACAGUCAAAGAUUCUUCAAUGCCAAGCUAUUGGUUAUCCUCCACCAGAAUUUCAAUGGUUUAAAAAUGGAAAACCUCUUAGAAACUUUACACAAGAUCCUUUACUUCGACUUCAACAAAUUACCAAACAAGAUAGUGGUCAAUAUUGGUGUAUAGCUCGUAAUGAUGCUGGAACAAUAUUUAGUGAAAAAACAACUCUUACAGUUGCUUUUAUGGAUACUUUGACAUCUGUUACAAAUAUCAGUAUUACUGUUAAAGAUGGAGAGGCAGCAAUUUUAAAAUCUCCUGCUUUAGAAAGCAUUCCACCAGUAUCUAUUUCUUGGCAAAAGACACUCUAUGGGCGAUUGCAUGGGAUCAACUAUGCUGUAUCCUUAGAAAAUGAUUUAGUUAUAUUAGCAGCUAGUAAGGAAGAUGAAGGUUACUACCUAGCUUCUUUGACCAAUCCUCACGCUGGUCAAGAAGCAACUGGAGGACUUGUCCAUGUUCAAGUUGUUGGAGAAAGAAGAGAUUUUGUUCCUGCUCAAAUUAUCAUUCCGCCUAAGGAUGCUAUUUUCAAACAAGGAGUUUAUCCUGCGGCUCUAGAAUGUAUUGUCAAUGCCAGGCCAUUAGAUUCUGUAGAGAUUGUUUGGAAAAAAGAUGGCUUGGAUUUAGCUUUGACUGGUUUAUCACAUCUUUUAUCAUAUUGGAAUAGAACUGUUACUCUUCUAAAUGUUGGUGUUAUACAUAGUGGUAUCUAUGAAUGUGAGGUCAGUAUGAAAGAAAGCAGUGAGAUUAAAGUCAAAGCAUCUGCAAAUGUAUCUGUAAUCAUUGAUCCAGUUAUUACUCAAGGUCCAUAUAGAGAAACUGUAACAGAAAUUGGCAAAGCUGUUCUUUUGCCUUGCUCAGCUAGUGGUAAUCCUACCCCUUUAAUUACAUGGUAUCGCAAUGCAAAGCCAAUUACAAAAUCUGUUGGUGAACGUUUUGAAGUGCUUCUGAAUGGAACUUUAAAAAUAUCUUCUUUGAAUGGUUUGGAUACUGGUAUAUACCAAUGUGUAGCUUCUAAUCUUGGAGGAGAAUUCUCAGUUAGUACAUGGCUUCAUGUAAAAACUUCUGCACCAGACUUCAUUGCUGGUCCAUCAAAUGUAACAGUGUUAAAUGGUAAAGAUGCUCAGAUAAGCUGUGAAGUAUCUGGGGCUCCUGCUCCAAAUGUUACUUGGUUAUUCAAUGAUCACACAGACCUUCUCAGUUCUGGACGAAUUCAAAUUCUAGAAAGUGGGAGCUUAUUAAUCGCUUCAGCCGAAUAUGAUGAUGUUGGAAAAUAUACUUGUGUUCGUGAAAACAGUGCUGGUUCAAUCAAAGGCUCCGGAUAUCUAAUUGUUUUAGUUCGAACUCAAAUUAUUCAGCCUCCAGUAGACACUAAAGUUAUCAUUAGUUCAACUGCUGAACUCCAGUGUAAAGUAUCUCAUGAUGAAGCUGUACCCUAUUCUGUGCAUUGGUAUUUUAACAACAAAGAAAUUAUUCCUACCGGUGGAGGAAGGAUACAGAUUCUUCCUGAUGGAAGUUUACAUAUUGGGCAAGCUCGCAAUGUGGAUGUUGGUCUGUAUACUUGUAGAGUAAUUUCAGAAGGAGGCAACGAAACACGCAGUGCUCGUUUAGAUGUUAUAGAACUUCCACAUCCACCAAAUAAUGUUAAAGCUGUCAUGUUAAACACUUCACCAAAAAGCGUGAAUGUCAGUUGGUCCAAAUCCUUUGAUGGCAACAGUCCUGUUACUAAUUAUAUUGUCCAAAUGAGAGUUGUUCCUGUAACAGCAGUUGAUAAUGAUAUGGAAUUUUUGUUACCUUGGACAACAGUAAGAGACGAUAUUUCAGGAGACCAGCGCUAUGCAGUGCUUGCAAACUUAAAACCUGCCUCCAGUUAUGAAUUUAGAGUUAGUGCGGUAAAUGGUGUUGGAGAAGGUAAUCCUAGAGCAGCUGCAGAAAUUAUACACUUACCACCUGAACCUCCAAGUGGGCCACCUCAAGGGGUUGUUGGCGGUGCAAGAUCCUCAACAUCUAUUAUGUUACAGUGGCAGAAUCCUGCUGAAGAAGAUCGAAAUGGAAUGCUUGUUGGUUAUGUAAUAAGAUAUAAGCUGGCAGGGUAUUCAGCUAGCCCCUGGGCAUAUCAUAAUAUCACGAAUGAAGCCCAACAUAGUUUCUUACUUCAAGAUCUUAUAGUUUGGCAGAAUUAUGAAAUUCAAGUUGCUGCUUGUAAUGAGAAAGGAGUGGGCGCUUUCUCAACUAGCAUUUAUAUUCGUACCAGAGAAGGAGUGCCCCAAGCAUCACCAACCGACAUCAGAGCAGAAGCAGUUAACUCAACUGCUAUUCAUGUUUGGUGGAAGCCCCCAGAUCCUCAGUUGAUAAAUGGCAUCAAUCAAGGUUAUAAGCUGCAGACUUGGCUUAGAAAUCCCGAAUCCAAUAUUACUCCUUCGCAUACUGUCUUAGUAGCACCUAGUCCUUUAGACCCCUUGGCUGAGCAAGAUGCUAUUGUUGGAUCUUUGGAAAAGUUUACUACUUACCAUAUAACUGUACUGUGUUUUACCAGUCCAGGUGAUGGCCCAACAAGUGAUGCUAUAGUGAUUACUACCAAACAAGAUGUGCCCAAUGAAGUGAAGACUUUAAAAUUUGAGGACAUAUUAGAUACUACUAUAAUGGUAGUGUGGAGCCCCCCUGAACGAAUCAAUGGCAUCUUGAAAGGAUAUACUUUAAAAUACCACGUGAAAGAUAUCUUAGAAACCACUGUUAUUCGUAAUCUUUCUGCUGAUGCUACAAGAGUUCAGGUCACCGAUCUCAGACCCACAACUGCAUACACUUUUGAGAUAUUUGCUUGGACAGUAGUUGGCCCGGGACCAGUGAAAACUGCUACUAUUCAAUCUGGUAUCCCACCAGUAUUGCCAGGCCCUCCUACAAAGUUAGCUGUUUCGAAUAUUGGAGCCUUUUCUGUUGUAUUGCAAUUCACUCCUGGAUUUGAUGGAAAUACAUCUAUAAUAAAGUGGUCAGUCGAAGCUCAAACGAGACGCAAUGAAUCAUGGUUCAAAAUUUAUGAAGUCUCUGAUCCAGAAGCCUCUAAUAUUGAAGUUAAGAACCUGCUACCGUUUUCAGACUAUCGUCUUCGACUCAUAGCAAUUAAUGUUGUGGGGUCUAGUGAACCAAGUCAUCCAUCAAAAUUCUUUCAGACAAUCCAAGCCCCUCCAUCUCAUCCUCCUUAUAAUGUCACCGUUCGAGCAGUUAAUGCUAAGGCUUUAAGAGUUCGAUGGACACCUCUCCAACAAGUAGAAUGGUUUGGCAUUCCCAGAGGAUAUAACAUUCAUUAUCGACCGAUUUCAAUGGAUAACUUGGAAAAUUCUUCAGAUAAUAAUACCUAUCAUCAUAUUGUUCUUGAAGACCAUAAUGCUAACAGCUUCGUUCUCAAAGAUUUAGAAGAGUUCACAGAUUAUGAAAUAGCUGUCCAGGCGUUCAAUGAUGUCGGAAGUAGUUCUCUUAGCAUACCUGCUCGUGAAAGAACAAGAGAAGCAGUUCCAUCUUCUGGACCCACUGAUGUAAAAAUUAAUGCUACAUCAUCAACAACCAUUGUUGUAAAGUGGGGUGAAGUGCCUAAAAUCCAUCAAAAUGGUAUUAUUGAAGGGUAUAAAGUUUAUUAUGGUGCCAAAAAUGUGCCUUUUCAAUAUAAGACAAUUGAAAGCAAUAACACUUUUACAACUACACUUACUGAACUGAGAAAAUAUACACAAUAUAGUGUGCAGGUUUUAGCUUUUACACGUAUAGGUGAUGGUGUUUUAAGCAUUCCACCUAUGUCUGUACGAACAUUUGAGGACGUUCCUGGUGUUCCUUCAAACAUAUCAUUUCCUGAUGUUUCCACAACUACUGCACGUAUUUUAUGGGACGUGCCAGAAGAGCCCAAUGGUGAAAUUUUAGCUUACAGAGUUUCUUAUAGGUUAUAUAACUCCAAUGAAGAGGAAAUAGUAAAAGAGUUGGCACCAACUGAACGUACUUUAAAAGUUCUAAAUCUACAACCCGAUACAUAUUAUAUGUUUUCUCUCACUGCUAAAAGUAAUGAAGGGUGGGGUAAAACUGCCCAUGUAAAAGUUUUCACUACUAACAAUCGCGAAGCUCCUCAACCACCAUCUAUUCCUCAAAUUAGUAACUCUCAAAUCCAAGCUAGGCAGAUAACAUUUAGCUGGACUCCUGGAAGAGAUGGAUUUGCACCUUUGCGUUUUAAUACGGUUCAGAUGACUAAAAGCGACAACUCUUGGAAAACUGUUGCUGCCAAAGUAGAUCCAACCCUUAACAAGUAUACUGUUACAGGUUUAAAACCCUUUACGCCUUACAAAUUUAGAAUACAAGCAACAAAUGAUAUUGGUUCUAGUGGUUGGAGUCAAGAGUCCAAUUUAACGUGGACGUUUCCUGCUGCACCUGAACAAUCUCCAAAACAUGUUAUGGCCACUCCAUAUACUACCACAUCUGUCAGAGUCAGCUGGGAAGCCCUAGGAUUUGAAGAUUGGAAUGGCGAUGUUCGUACUGCUGGAUAUCGUGUUGAAUACUGCCAGGUGUCGGCUUAUUCGAUUCCAAGAACUGGUGACUGUCCAGCAGGAAAGAUUCAAGGUGUCAAUUCAUCUGUUUUGGCUCUGCAUCAACUUGAAAGGGAUAGAGUUUAUGAAAUCAGGGUCUAUGCCUUUAACAGUAGAGGGGAAAGUCCAUCAAGUCUUCCUGUACAAGUGUUUGUUGGGGAAGCAGUACCUACAGGUGAACCGAGAGAAGUCACGAUUGAGUCAAUUAGCUCCACUGAAUUGAAAGUAUCCUGGAAGCCACCUCCUCCGUCCUUGCAAAAUGGUGAUCUGCUUGGUUAUAAGAUAUUUUAUGAACCUGCUAAUAAUGAAGGAUUUGAAGAAAUGGAAGCUGUACCUCCUGCCACUGUGUCCUAUGUUCUGCUGGAUUUGAAGAAGUACACUGAGUACAAUAUUCAAAUCUUGGCGUUUAACCCUGCAGGAGAUGGUCCCCGCUCACCACCACAAUAUAUUUCUACAAUGGAAGAUAUUCCUGGACCACCUGGGCCGUUAAUUUUUAUUGAUGUUACCAUGACUUCUUUAAAAGUGAGUUGGAAUCCUCCUUCUGAACCGAAUGGUGUCAUUGCUGGUUAUUUAGUAACCUAUGAAACAGCUCUUCCUGAUAUUGAUUUUAGCAAACAAGUGAAGCAGAAAGUUACUUCUACUUCUUUAAGUGUUCAUGGCUUAGCUGAAGCUGUAACUUACACUUUCCGUGUUCGUGCUGAAACAUUUGACUAUGGUCCAGAGUCAGUUGGAAAUAUUACCACUGGACCACAAGGAGGUUCACCCUCUGCUCCAGAAGAACUAAUAUUGAAGCACAGCCACAGUUCAUUAACUUUGACGUGGAAGAAUGGUCCUCAAGGGGCAUCUCCAAUUAUUGGGUACCUUAUAGAAUACAAAGAAUCUGAUAAUACAGAUGAAUGGCAAACAUUAAUUCUUUUGAAUAAUGGUCCUCAGUCUUCCUAUACUGUGAGUUUCAGGAAUCUUUUACCAUCAACAUCCUAUCAGUUUAGACUUUUUGCUCGUAAUUCAUAUGGCAUUAGUUUUCCAGCAAUGUCUCCUACCCCAUUUGCUACUCCCAGUAAAUUAUAUCAUGAAUAUCGUCAAAAACAACUUCCAUUUUAUCGAGAAGUUUGGUUCUUAGUUAUGAUUGCAUCAUUGAGUGUUAUUGUUAUUGUCCUUGUUGUAGCAGUAUUAUGCGUGAAAAGUAAAGUUUAUAAGUAUAAGAAAGAAGCACAAAAAUCUAUUCAUGAUGAUCAUAUGAGUAUGGACGAUGGUGGAUUCCCUACAUUUGAAUUGAGACAGUCUAAAAGAGGCACACUUUGUAAAAAUUCUCUAUCAAGAAAAAAUCAUAAUGCUAUGCUUACUAAAUGCCCUCCUCGUCCCAGCCCAGGCAGUGUUACUUAUUCUGAUGAUGAUGAUACUAAAGGUUACGAUGAGAACUGUGAUAGUAGUAGUUUAACUGAAAAGCCUUCUGAAAUGAGUUCAUCUGAUUCACAGGGUUCUGACAGUGAUGCUGAAAGUAAUGGCAAAGCUGAUCCUCAUUCAUUUGUCAAUCACUAUGCCAACGUUAACGACACUCUCCGCCAAUCUUGGAAGCGACAGAGACCAGUCAAGCCCCCUAGCUAUACUGACAGUGAACCUGAAGGAAGCAUUCAAGUGAGUUUGAAUGGUGGACACAUUGUUAUGAACAAUAUGGCAGGCUCCAGAGCUCCAUUGCCAGGAUUUUCCAGUUUUGUAUAAAUUGUUACUAGUGUUCAUCUUUCAACGUUAUAAGCCAGAGCCAAUUCCUUAAUCUGGAAGUAUUGACUAAUGUCUCAAGACUGUAGUUAUUGAAUCUGAUUUUUUUAAAAAAAAUUUAUUUGUAAAUAUUUGUUUUUGUAUCAUAUAAGUUAUCAAUACUUUUGUUUCCUAGUAUUACAGUGUGUGCCAUUUAGAUGUUUCAUUUAUUUACUUUGAAAUCGAUUGUGUGACUUAGUGAUUGUGUAAAUUAUCACUUCUUCGUUUUUCUAUAUUAUUUUUCAAUUCAUUUUUAACUGCCAGGUUACGAUGCUAAUAGGAAUGGGAAAUAUUUCGCAACUUCUGUGCCAAUUGAGUUCAAAUGGGAGAGUGUUUUAAAAUUUUUCUUAUUAAAGGGAAAUAGCGCAUAAGCGGUUUUUAUUAUACUGGAAGCCACAAUAACAGCAGAAUAAAUUCAAUUUUCUCUCUACUAUAAAUAAUUUGCGCAGUUUUUUCUGUACUGGAUGCCACAAUAACAACAGAAUCUAUUCAAUUUUCUCUCUCUUAUAAAUAAUUUGCACAAUUGUAUGUUUUUGAAAAUUCAAAUCAAAGUUCAGGCUUAAAUACAGUUUUAAGUGUAGCCUUUAAAUUAUAUUUUUUUCUAUAGUUUUGCAAUUUUACAUUUUUAAUUUGAAUUUCCUGUGAAGAAUCAAACUCAUUCUUUUGUUUUCUUUUUCAAAAUAAAAUAAUUUUUUUUUUCCUUUCCAAACUAGAUUUUUAAAAUAUCUUAAAACUGCCUCCAUGAAAUUUUAAAAUUUUGAUCUAAAAAAUGUUCAUUAAAUUUUUGAGGUCCUCUGAAGGUAGUCACAUGCCAUAAAUUAUUAUUUAUUGUUCGUGGCACUGUAUUUUUUAUUUUCCUGUUCAAACAUGAACAUGUGCAAUAUCUAAGUAAAAUGAGUAAUAUUAUAUUUAGCUAAUAUCCUGAUAAUUCAAUAUUAAAGUCUCUAUUGAAGUACAAUUGUGUAGAAAAUAUUCAUAUUUUUAAUCCAUAAAAUUUUUUUAAAUCCAUAUUAAAAAUAUUAAUUUAAAAUUUCUUUGACAUUUAGCAGUUUUCUGUUUUAAUUUUUUAAUUCUCUUCCAUUUUAAGUAAAUCAAUAAGAUUCUAGCAUGCUAGGAAAACUAGCAAGCUUGCAGUUUGAACUUUGAAUUAUGUUGCUUAAAUUUUACUUAUAUUAAAUGGAAUAUUAUUUUUUAAAUUGGUGAGCAAAAAUUGUCUUAAAUAUUUGCUGUUGAAAAGAGUAAAUCAAAAGAAUAAAUAAAAUGCUCAAAUUGUAAGCAAAAAAACACUUUCAUAACAUAAGUGUAAAUGAGUUGAAGAAACAAACUAGUUGAAUCCAGUCUUUGUGCCUUUCAUUGUAAUAUAGUUGCAGCUUUUUGAUUACCUCUAAUUUAUUUUCUGAUUGUCCUACUUAAAUAUUAAUGUUAUGGUUCAGAAAAUUAAAUCAUUCCGUCCUACAUUGAAAUCCGCCCACAUCUGUUUCAUAAAAAUUCUGGAGUCCAUUUUGAAUAAAAUGUAGCUAUUAUUUCAGAAAUGUUGCUUUCUGCCCCAUGGAGAUUCUGGGUAAUGUAUAUUAUGUAUAUCAUAGAUAUUAUGACUCAAGAAACUAACUAAAAUUAGCAUGUAUUUAUGUCUUGUAAAAUAACUAUACAAUUACUUUGAAUGGUAAAAUAUAAUUAUUAAAUUAAGAAGUUAUUGUGAUACAGAGAUUUUAAAUAUUGUUAUCGAUUGGAGGAUGUGAGGUAAAAUGUUAAAUUAUCAACUUUAUUAAUAAUGUCACCAAAGUAAAACAUUUUAUCUGAUAUAACUAAUACUAUACCGGAAUUUUUUAUUUAUUUGUUCUUUAUAAAUUAUACUUAUUCUAGUAGAUAUCAUAUGUGUCAUUCAAUAUGCACAACAAUCAUCAAUAUGCAGAGAUCAGACAUUCUCAAUUUUAUUAUUUCAAAUUAAGAUACUCUACCAUUCAAUUUAGUAACUAUUUUAUCAGCAUUUUUACAAACAAAUUUACAGUAUGUAUACUUUUGUAUAUUUCUGUACUUAAAAUUUAUUUUUGUUUUGUUCUUUCAAGCAGGUUAUGAUCUGCUUAUGUGCAUUUUAAUUAUUAACUAAUUCUCUUUCGGCAUCAACAUUCAGCCAUUACAAUGUUAACUAAAUUUAAUUAAAUGAUUUAUAUUUUGUUUCAGCUUAUCCUACAAAUUUUGCCUAUUUAUUUUUUUAUUUAAAUUAAUUCUCAAAAAUAAUUUAUUUUCCGAAAAUUUCUGUUUGAAAUUAAAUAUCCGUUAUUAAUCUUAUUUGUAAAAUGUUUCAAAUCCAUGAAAGCAAUAUAUAUAUUGUCAUUUACCCUUCCAUAAAAAUAUAUGUUUUAUUCUAGAAUAAUUCCUUAUAUUAAUAAAUUGUGAACUAGUUUAUUAUUGGGGACCAAUAUUUUUUGUAUAUAUUUAUGACCAAUAUUUUUUUAAAUGCAUAAUUACAUUCUCAUUAAAUUUUGCAUUAAUCUUAUUGGAAAAUUUCUCCAUUCACUUCAUUUGUUUUUCAUAGGUUUUACAUUGUAGUGUUGUAACAUAUGUUAGUUGUUUUAAUACUGAGCAUUAGUGUGGUUUAUAGUAUUUGCUAUAUUUUUAGUGAGAAGCAUCUCAUUUUUGUGAUACAUAUUUUAUCCAGUUUGCAAAUGCAUAGCAUGUUUUUUUUUGUAAGUUGGAUUUUAAAAAUGGGCAUAUAGUGCUUGGGUCUGUUUUCACUGCCAAUUUUUUUUAAUUCAUCAUCAUUCUUUAGUUUUAGGAAGGUCUUGAAAUGGGAACAAAUUUAGAAUUAGAUGAUUUAGGUCUAGUGCUAUCAUAUUUAAUUAUCUAAUAUACUGUAUUUCAAAGUCCAUUUUUAUACCACUAUUCUAACUAAUCAGCUUAGAAUUCCGUCCAUUUAAGAAACAGUAUUUUACUGAAGCAGGAAAAAUAUAAAUUGAAAGUUUCUACAUGCCAAGAUAUUUUUUUUUUUAAUAAUGUAUAUAAAGUUUAGUAGAAUCUUGAUUAUUUUAGUCUCUGUGACUCUUUUUAGUCUCUUUUGUUCUGCUUAAUCUGAAGCACAACUUUCAAACAUUUUGAAAAAAGUCACUUUAGAAUUUUCAUGUAAAUAAAGCAAAUAGUAAUAUUUAAUUAAUCAAUCGAAUCAUACUGUCUCAAUCGUACAAGAGUUUCAGGUCUAUAAGUAGUCUCUUUUUUUCCCUUUUGUUUCUGUAAGCAUAAAUAUUAGUUCAUGUGGGAGGACUUUUAAAUCCAGAAAAAUUACUUUCCAGAAUGAUGACUGUAUAAAUUCUAUUUUGUGAAGCAAAUUGUGUUAUCAUUAUUUAUUUUGAAAAGAAUGUCUGUAAAAAGUCUGGUUACUUUUUAUAGUUGGAUUUUACAAUUAUCGUAUAAUAAAAAUUUUAAAAUAU